AGGCCCGUAUGGAGGCCCAAAUUUUCUUUCCGAAAUAACAUAGACGUCAUCAAUAAAAUGGCAUUGUUUCGAAGCACACGCAGUUCAGCAUUUCGCUUACUCACUCGUUUGCUCUCUCCAGAAAACCAUCUCAGAUAGUACUGCAAUCUCAUCUUAUCCCGCGGAAAAAAAGUAAUUAUAUUUUACUCCAACGGCGGACAAUGUCUUAUGUACCUCCUCACCUGAGAAAUUCUGCUGGCAGAAAAACAACCACAGCUACUAUUAAUAGUAACGGCGCCGAUCACUUCUCUUCCAAACACAGUUCGCAUCAAUCCAGAAUCCCUUCUAUUUACGGCAAUGGCGAGCUCGAAAAACAGGUAUUCUCGAUUUCAGCUCGCCGGAGCUCCAUCAAUUACACGUUGCCAAAGACUCUUGCUGUCCCUGACCCCGUGUUUCCCAAGUGGAAGCCUUCCGAACGUGUUCUUCGUCUUAAGUCCGAGCAGAUAGAAGAGAUUCGACUGAGGCUUAACGUUGAUGUCAAUGUUGCUCCAGGCUCACGUCCUGCACCUUCACCUAUUGAAUCAUUUCCUGAUAUGUGCUUACAUCCAAGCAUCAUGAAGGAUAUUGAAAAGCAUGGCUACACUGCACCGACUUCUAUUCAGGCUCAAGCCAUGCCUGUUGCUCUUAGUGGCAGGGAUCUCUUGGGUUGUGCGGAAACUGGUAGCGGGAAGACCGCUGCAUUUAGCAUACCUAUGAUACAGCACUGCCUGGCUCAACAACCUCUUCAACGUGGUGAUGGACCUUUGGCAUUAGUGUUGGCACCUACAAGAGAGCUUGCACAACAAAUAGAGAAAGAG